AAACGUGAUCGAUUCAACAAUUGAAUAACAUACCGAAUUGAAAAAAAAGUAUCCAGUGAUAUAAUUCACAGAAACCACUAAACCAUUCGGUACACCUCGUCCAGUCGCCAUGGCGUCUUUCGGUGGUAGUCCGUCCAGACGGGAUCAUGUCUCUUCAGGCCCAUCAUGAGUCCUCCCGCCGCCGUCUCUCCUACUCAGCGCACUGCUGAACUUGUGACGCCUGUCUCCAAGCUGGCCGUUGCUCAAAACCAGGGCCCUCUGGCCAAGACCGUCUCCGAGAUGCAGGGUCAAUGGGACUCGUUCACCUUUGCCCCUAUCCGCGAGUCCCAAGUCUCGCGCGCCAUGACCCGUCGCUACUUCGAAGACCUCGACCGCUAUGCCGAAUCCGACAUUGUCAUCAUCGGCGCCGGAUCUUGCGGUCUUAGCACCGCGUAUGUUCUCGGCACCCAGCGCCCGGACCUCAAGAUCGCCAUUAUCGAGGCCUCUGUCUCCCCCGGUGGAGGUGCCUGGUUGGGUGGUCAGCUCUUCUCUGCCAUGGUGAUGCGCAAGCCGGCUGAUGCCUUCCUCCGCGAGAUUGGCGUCCCGUACGAGGACGAGGGCAACUAUGUUGUCGUCAAGCACGCGGCGCUCUUCACUUCGACCAUCAUGGCCAAGGUGCUGCAGCUGCCAAACGUCAAGCUCUUCAACGCCACUUGUGUCGAGGAUCUCAUCACUCGCCCUUCUGCCGAGGGAGUGCGCAUUGCUGGCGUUGUGACCAACUGGACACUUGUCUCGAUGCAUCACGAUGAUCAGUCCUGCAUGGACCCCAACACCAUCAACGCUCCCCUUGUCAUCUCCACCACCGGCCAUGAUGGCCCCAUGGGUGCCUUUUGCGUCAAGCGUCUUGUCAGCAUGGGCCGCAUUGAAAAGCUGGGCGGCAUGCGCGGCCUCGAUAUGAACAGGGCUGAAGACGCCAUUGUCAAGAACACUCGUGAGGUUGUUCCUGGUCUCAUUGUUGGAGGCAUGGAGCUCUCCGAGAUUGACGGAGCCAACCGUAUGGGUCCUACCUUUGGUGCUAUGGCCCUCAGUGGUGUCAAGGCUGCGGAAGAGGCUCUCAAGAUCUUUGAGACUCGCCGCAAGGAGAAUGCCAUCUAAAUGUCAAUUUGUGGCCUUGAACCACCAAUCUUGUCACUCAUUUGCUACUAGUUCUUGUAUGGCUGGUCGCUCAUUUGAUGGAAAGCAGUAAAACCUGAAAUGGAAAAAAAAAAAUAUCAGCUGCCAAACAGACUGAAUACAAAACUGCAGCUAUACUCACAACUCUCCACCAAUUUCAUUCCCAUCGUG